UUAUUAAUCUUCUCCAACUACCUCGUUAAUUUUGUAUUCAUAAUGAUUUCGUUUUCUGACAAAUCUUGGGCAGUUAACAUGCAAUAUAAUGGUUAAUAACUUUGGGUCUGUGCAUCGAAAAGUUAGGAUCUAAAUGCAAAAGAUGAAGGAAGAUACAGCUCAAGUAAAGGUUGCUGUGCCCAUCAGAGACUUAUGGAAGGCGAUGUCGAGUGACAUCAGGCACAUAACUACCAAGAUUUUACCGGAUAUCGUGGAAGAAGUCGAGUUGCUUGAAGGAGAUGGUGGCCUUGGAAGCAUUCUAGUCUUCAAAUUCUUCCCCCAUGUUCCGAAAGUGAGCUUCCAAAGGGAGAAGAUUGUGGAGUUUGACGAAUCACUGCAUCAGAUCGCUCUUGAAAUACUGGAAGGAGGGCAUCUGGAUCAUGGGUUCUCCUCAUACACGACUGGUUUUAAGUUAACUGCAGUAGGAGAAGCGGAGACACUCAUCGACGUGAAGGUUUUGUAUGAGACCAAACCAGAAUAUACUCAUAUCCCAGGCGAUACAAUAAAAGCAACAUUCCUUUACAUCAAAAACCUCGAAAAUUAUCUGUUGAACGCUCCUUCUUGA